GAAGUGAUGGAGACAACGGCCCGCCACGUUCGCGGCCGUUUUAGCGCCCGCGGUGCUCUCCGGAUCCGACAUUUGCCCGUGAGGCAGCAGUCCCUUGGCGUCAGGGUUGUCGCGUCGGAGAUAAAGUCGGAGAAGGUGAACGAAUCUCUAGAACACGCCCGUAAGAUGGCGAGAAGGGCAGGAGCGAGUGGGGUCAAUCGAUAGCGCAGCGCUCGGCGCGGUGCCCUUUGUGCGUGCGCAGUGAAGGUGCGCCCGGAGCGAUCGAUCGGGCAGGAUUCGCGUCUCCAUUUUUCUAGGAGAGAGCGGGAGACCGAGAGAGCAGGACGAGCAGCUGGCAGGGAAAUUAUCUUCCUCUUCGCCAAGAUGUACAGAACCAAAGUGGGCUUGAAGGAUCGCCAGCAGCUCUACAAGCUGAUCAUUAGCCAGCUGCUCUAUGACGGCUACAUCAGCAUUGCUAACGGCCUCAUCAAUGAAAUCAAGCCUCAGUCUGUCUGUGCACCCUCGGAGCAGCUCCUGCACCUUAUCAAACUAGGAAUGGAAAACGAUGAUACUGCAGUUCAGUAUGCAAUUGGUCGGUCAGAUACAGUUGCCCCUGGCACAGGAAUUGACCUGGAGUUUGAUGCAGAUGUCCAGACUAUGUCCCCAGAGGCUUCAGAGUAUGAAACAUGCUAUGUCACAUCCCAUAAAGGCCCAUGUCGUGUAGCUACCUAUAGUAGAGAUGGGCAGUUAAUAGCUACUGGAUCUGCUGACGCUUCCAUAAAAAUACUUGACACAGAAAGAAUGUUGGCCAAAAGUGCCAUGCCAAUAGAGGUCAUGAUGAAUGAGACUGCACAGCAGAACAUGGAAAACCACCCAGUGAUUCGAACUCUUUACGACCACGUGGAUGAAGUCACGUGUCUCGCUUUCCACCCAACGGAACAGAUCCUUGCCUCUGGUUCAAGGGACUAUACUCUUAAAUUAUUUGAUUAUUCCAAACCAUCUGCAAAAAGAGCCUUCAAAUAUAUUCAGGAGGCUGAAAUGUUACGCUCCAUCUCUUUUCAUCCUUCUGGAGACUUUAUACUUGUUGGAACUCAGCAUCCUACUCUUCGACUUUAUGAUAUCAACACAUUUCAGUGCUUUGUCUCUUGCAAUCCUCAAGAUCAACACACUGAUGCCAUAUGUUCCGUUAAUUACAAUCCUAGUGCCAAUAUGUAUGUGACCGGCAGCAAGGACGGCUGCAUCAAGCUGUGGGACGGGGUUUCAAACCGCUGCAUCACAACCUUUGAGAAAGCACAUGACGGUGCUGAAGUGUGUUCCGCCAUCUUUUCCAAAAAUUCAAAAUACAUUCUGUCAAGUGGAAAAGACUCUGUAGCUAAACUUUGGGAAAUAUCAACAGGACGAACCCUGGUCAGAUACACAGGUGCUGGCUUGAGCGGACGACAGGUGCACCGGACGCAGGCCGUUUUCAACCACACGGAGGACUACGUGCUGCUGCCUGACGAGAGGACCAUCAGCCUCUGCUGCUGGGACUCAAGGACGGCCGAGCGCCGGAACCUGCUCUCGCUGGGCCACAACAAUAUCGUGCGCUGUAUCGUGCACUCGCCCACCAACCCCGGCUUCAUGACCUGCAGCGACGACUUCAGGGCGCGGUUUUGGUACCGGAGGUCAACCACGGACUAGAGCCGCCGGCGUUAAACAGGGUUCUUGUCUCGAGGACUCUGCCCCUCCUUGCCCGUGUGUCCCGUCAUCAGCCUCAGUAGUAAGUCAUUGGACCAUCUUCGGCAGCUGCGCUGCCACCUCUGCGUCCUUCUGGGAUUUGUAUGAAAGAAUUUUUUUUACCUUGAUGGAGAAUCAUGGUGGAAAAAGUUGGAAACACAGAUCUGUACGGUUGUUCUGCAGUCACUGAUUAUUACAGUGUGAUUUUCAUCAGUUUUGUAAAUACAGGACUUGCUAUUUCCCUUGAUCAUUUGAAGAAGGAUAGAGUAUUCAAGUGCUUUCUAGAUCUCAAGUGGAUCUGUCAUGAGGAAUGUUCAUCUGGAUAUUUUGUCAACUUUUGUGCCUGUUCUACAUCCCCUUUGUACAUUUCCUUUCAAAAUACAUUUUGGCAGAUAUGGGGGCAUAUGGCUCUGAGAAUCAAGAGUUCUAUGCCAUAUUACAACCAUGUUAGAAAAUCGAUAGUAUCAAUUCUAUCCUAAAGUGACAUCAUUCUGAUAAUAAAGUUCAGAUCUGUGACAUUACUGUUAACACAUUUUUCACUUAAUUGAAACUAAUGGCCAGCUUUUCCUGAAGAUUUAUAGAAGGUAUAUCUCCCAUCACACGUCCCACAUUAUCCUUUCACAACCUAAAAUGCUUGUCCUCAGUAAAUGUGUUUCUGAUGAGAUUACUACCAUUUGAUAGGAAACAUUGAAAACACAUCCAGUGUAAAAUCAAAAUUAGGUGAGCCCGCUGAGCCCGAGGUGUUGCUCGCAGGUGUUGCUCAUCUUCAGGAAUGAUUACUAUCGAUUGACUUCGUUCUUAUGUAAUUUUAAAUCUUAUUUUUCAGUUCCCUUCAGCAUGAGCUGUAACUACUCAUCGUGGAUACACCCAGCAGCUGCACUCUCAGAAGUUUUUGUUUUUUUUUUUUUUUUGCAAUUAACAAACUAAUACAGGUUUUCUGGUUCUUGAAACUUUUUAGGCAGUGACAGUGGUUCUCUGGAUUCAACUCUAGCUAGGUCAGAGAGCCCUGAGCUCCCCUUACAGAGAGAAACUUUGGUUUAUCAUUAUCUCCCAAUACAAAUACCUCAUGGUCUGGGUAGGAGUACCUAGAAAUACAGUCUGGGAUCAUUUGAUAAAGAUAUGAAAUAUAUUAAAGUAAUUGUCUUAUGUUACAGGAAUUUUAUAGUCUUCUGAAGUUUACUGUAUAAAAAUUCUGCUUUAGACUUCAUCCUUAAGGAUCAUUUUAACUCUUUGGUUUAUAAAACCAUUUUCAGCAUUCUUAACGUGUUAAGUCACAUGUUUUAGUUCAGAUUUCCAAAGAGCUAUAUUUUUUGGUCCGUAGUGAGUUUAAAUUUAUUUUGUGUUCUCAUUCUGUGGUAUUUGAGCUUGGCCAUCUGUGGGUGCUCUUCUUGUACGACCGAAAGAAACCUAUUGAAUAGAAACAAGGAUAACCAAUUCUACCCCAAAAUUACCAACCAAAACUACCCACGUUUUCCAACUUUCAGCCUAUGAAACUAUAAAGCAAAGGUUCAACUUUUCUGCUUAUUCUCUCUGGCACACGCACUGGGAUGACCACACUGCACGCCUGAUACAAGUUCCAUUGGACCUUUUUAACUGUUCAUGAAUUUAAAUGAUACUGCCUACUUUUUCCAGCUUUUGGAAUAGUCUCAGCAAUAGAUCUGUAGUUUCAGGACUUCUGUUUACAAGAUCAAGAUGCUUUUGUGUGUUUCCAAAAUAGACUUCUUUUAAAAUUUUUUUUCUUUUAAAAAUCACAUUAAUGUUUGAAACUGGUGUAAAUGCCAGGGAUAUUACAUGGACUUGGUUUCAUCACAUCAUUAAUUGUACCGCUUAAUUUUACCACAUAACACCCUGACAUUCAGAUGGUGAGUAAUAUCCAGUUAAGAUAAGAACUCAUAACAUCUAUGUUAUUUUUUAAAGAUAUGUGAUUUCU